UAACAAGAACAAGAAGAAGGGGGCAAAAAAAAAAAAAAAAAAGACAAUGGCGGAUCAACUUACGGACGAUCAGAUCUCAGAAUUCAAGGAAGCCUUCAGCCUAUUCGAUAAAGAUGGCGAUGGUUGUAUCACUACUAAGGAACUUGGAACCGUUAUGAGAUCGCUGGGACAAAAUCCAACAGAAGCUGAACUACAGGACAUGAUCAAUGAAGUUGAUGCUGAUGGGAACGGGACUAUUGAUUUCCCAGAGUUUUUGAAUCUUAUGGCUAGGAAGAUGAAGGACACUGACUCUGAAGAGGAACUUAAGGAGGCUUUCCGUGUGUUUGACAAGGAUCAAAAUGGUUUCAUUUCUGCAGCCGAGCUUCGUCAUGUUAUGACAAAUCUUGGCGAGAAGCUGACUGAUGAGGAAGUUGAUGAAAUGAUCCGUGAGGCUGAUGUUGAUGGCGAUGGCCAGAUCAACUAUGAGGAAUUCGUGAAGGUCAUGAUGGCAAAGUGAGAAUCUUUGACAUCAAACCCAUCUUUUUAAGAAAGAGGUAAAAACACGAUCAAAACAAUUUCAGUAGAAGUCGAUAUAAGCUUUUAAAGUUCGGUAUGAUCCUAUUUGUGCUUAAACAUUCAGCAUAUGCGUAAAGUUUGUUGGCUACUUUUUGUUUAACUUGUUUCCAUUUAUCUGUAGUUCAACUGUCAUUUGCUUGUUUGCUCUGUAUCUUUGGUACUAGUUUUGAUUAGUUUCUUAUUGCAUGCCAUUUUCUUUCUA